AUGGGUCCGCCUGGUGCGGCGCUGCUCGCUCGCUGCGCUGCAGAAAGCUGCGAGAAGCAGGGUGGCCUCCUGAGCUUGAGCAUGGCGCAGCGCGGCUGCUGGUGCUCGAGGGCGGCCGUGCAGUGGCGUGAGGGCCUGAUUGGUGGUGACCUCGUGCUGCUUCAGCGUGCGCAGCAUGCUCCCUCACCCGGUGCUGAGACAUGCUGGUGGGCGACUGGCGCCAGCUUCUCAGUGCUGUCCCUGGCCUUGUGCAGCAUGUCGCAAUACUCCUGCUGCGCUGACCGGCGCGCGGGGCGCGUCGUGCCGCGAGCGACUGGCAUUGUGGCGACGCGGUCGCCGUUACUCCAACUUUGCUUUGCCGAUCAAAAGCGCCCGUCCUUUGCUUUUUAG